AUGGACGCUGACUGCGACUUGUUCGAACGCUUCGUGCGGGCGGCCUCAACAGGCAGCCUCCGCCUACCUGACGAAAACCAAUUACUGAGUCUGGACCCAGGAGCCCCCGAGCUUGCCCACGCGCUACAGGACUUUUGCAAAGCGAUCGCGAAAUUCGUCAGCAUAGUUGCUGAGAACCGUGAUCCUGGCCCUGGACCCGACCUUGAGCGCACCGAAGUCGCGGUUGGAAAUGUUCCGGAUCGUACAGACCUAGUCAGCAAUCAAGAUCUUCAGCGGCCUACCACUUCAACAGAAUCAGUUGAGAGACUCCCGACUCCCUGCGAUGACGGCAUCGAGAUAACCUAUCGAAUAAGAGACGGAGUCGUCACUCUUCUCCCAAAGAACAUGCAAGAAUGUCGAGAUCUGCCCUUUCUUGCGGAGCAGGCGUGUAAGGUCAACGCUACAGAGACCGGAGUAUUUAAGUACAUCCUGAGCACAGACUGCGGCGGAGGGGUCAGCAGUGGACAAGCCACUUCUGCAUGGUCUUUUUCAUCGGCGCGCAGUGACACAGGCCGAACUUGUCUAACAUAUCACCAGCACAGCGAAUCUGUCACAGUCGUGCCAACAGAUCCACUGGAGACCGAGCCGCAGAUUCUUGCUGCCGAACUCGAAAAUAUCGUUAGCGACUUCCAACAACUGAGUAAGAUGCGCUAUUGUACCGAUCUUCCAGCUCAGACGGAAGAACAGCGUCGCGCGUGUGGAUUGCCGCUGCGGUCGCCUAUCUACCCCUUGCCACACAACCAACUCGAUAAGACUUUGUACGAGGUUGAUGGACUUCACUCUCCGUACGGGUACCUAGGGACUGGGUUUUUCACCAGCCACCGCGAAGACCAGAAUACGUGGUCCAUCAACGUGCUGCACAAGGGAGGACCUGUGUUAUGGCUAACCGUCGAUCCGAAAUACGCCCCCGUGCUUGAAGGGCUGGAGUCGCGGUGGUCGUGCGAUCAGAAGCUUCGUCAUGAGCGCUGGUACUUCACUACCUCGGAGCUGGAACGGCUCGGCGUGUCCUAUCAGUUGUUCCUUCAGUAUCCCGGAGAGGCCGUCGUUCUCUUUGGGAAGACGUACCACCAGGGUGGAAAUAUUGGAAGUAAGGUGGCCGAGGCCGUGAAUUACGCACCGCCGUCGUGGACUGUGGAGGGCUACAAGGAAUGCAGACGUGGAAGCCGUGGCUGUCCCGGCUACCCUAUCCCAAAUGCCUACCUCCGAUUUCUUCAACCAGGCGAAGCACAGCGCAGGCAGAGCGACGACACGGGGCAUGAACCUGAAGAAGACAUUGCGAGUCAGAAGCAUCCGAACCAGAAAGCCAUUACCCAGAUGCCAGCCAAGCUGUCACGUCGAGCAGUCCUAAAGCCGCCAGAGAAACGCAAGAGUGAUCGGUCUCACCUUCCAAACACAACUAAGAGACGAAGAUCACCAGAUCCAAAUCCAGCUUUGACGCAGAUGGUGCAGUAUCUCCAGAAGCUGGACCCUUUCUGCGUGAUCCCGCCAUAUGAUCCCCCUGUGUCCCCAUCGGUCCUAAAACUUGUUGCGGCGAUCUUGAGCAGACCUGCGAUCGUCUCGUUCUGCAAUCUCGUCCAAUCCCGACGGCACACUGAGACCCCUCUUAGCUGUUGGGUCGCGGACGACGGUGACGAGCGCCAACUCGAGCUGCGCCUUCACAAUCUGGGUAGAAUUCAGGCGCAAUCCCAUCUCGAUAAAUUCAUUGUUCGUAUACACGAAUUCGAAUUGGCUCGGCACAUGGAGCACAAACGGAAAGGACGCAUACGAAAUGAUCCGCAGGACAUCAAGAAUAUCGUCAAGCGCAGCGGCUGGGAUUACCAAAAGUUCAGACGUCACGAAAGUCGAGGCCGGAAAUGGCUGGAGCUUUUUAAGACGCAUCCCGGCCUCUUGUGUUUCUUGUUAGUUGACGAUCACUUGCCGUUCGAAGUCUCGUGCACAGACUAUAUCGACAUGUCUGCUACCGAUAUCAGCACAUUCCGAGCGCUGCUCGCCUGCGAAUAUGCGAACAGGCUCAAUGCGAUUGGAGCCAAAUUCAUAGAGUCGCUGUCUCCGUUAGCAGAAGACGUCGAGUUUCGAUGGGAGGCAGAAAAAGUGUGCUGGCAGAAACUAUCACCGCUGGAAGCACUUGAGUGCCUUUCUCCGAUCACGUGGGAGGUGGACAACAUUUACAGUCCGGAAAAAUAUCCCGGAUGGGAGAGACCGCCUGACUGGCCAACCUAUAAAGAAUGGCCGACCAACCCAAUGGUCAUUCUUAAUCAUCCACAAUGCGAGCUCUGUCCACAAACCCAAUGCAGUUGUUAUACUACGAAAUUUGCACGGGCUGAAAGUGUGCAGCCUCGCAUCAAGAACUAUGCCGACAAAGGUCGUGGUAUUCGCGCCGUGGCAGGGGUUCCUGGUCAGGUCGCAUAUGUGGAAGGAGAAUAUAUCGGAGUUCUAUCAGGCGAGAUCGUGCCGACGGGAACUCAUCACGGUACUAUGAUCAUGGAUUUCAACCAUCCGGACAUCCUGUGUGAGCCAGUUGUCUGUCAGAUCGAUUUUGCCAAAAGGGGCCCCUGCCUGCGACUCAGCAAUCACAGUUGCCGCCCAUCGGCCCGCGUAAAGGCGAUGAAAGUGUCAGGCCAAUACAGAUUGAUCAUGACGGCAGCACGGGACAUAUACGAUGCAGAGGAGAUCACUGUCGACUUCAAGAGAUCGUCCCUGGACGGACCCUGCCUCUGCGGCGCCAGACGCUGCCGAGAGCGGGUCACUGAAGCACGGACCUCUACGGACAGGUGA